AUCAUUUCCAGUUUCCGUAUCCUUUAAAUAAGAAUAGAUUGUGAAUAGCAAUUUUCAUACAUUCGCCUGAAUUUUGAGGCUGAAAGAUUGUGGUUGCGAUGACAUAAAUACAUUUAACAUCAAGGAGAAACUAUUGUUCAAAGGAAUAGUCAAUAUGUGGCAUUACUCUACGAUUUGUUCAAUACUGAUUUCUUUGCAAUAUGUAACGUCUCAAAAAGCAGGAAAUGAAUAUCCAUCAUUUUUCAACAUAGGUGGGGUCCUAAGCAACAAUGAUAGUGAAACGCAUUUUUCAAUGGUUAUAGCACACUUAAACUUCGAUCAGCAGUAUGUUCCCAGAGGCGUAACCUAUUAUGAUAAAACUAUUCGUAUAGAUAAAAACCCUAUCAAAACAGCACUGGAUGUGUGCAAACAUUUAAUAUCUCGUAGAGUUUAUGCUGUUGUGGUUUCUCAUGAACCUACUGGAGAUUUAUCACCUGCAGCAGUGAGCUAUACCAAUGGAUUUUAUCAAAUUCCUAUUAUCGGUAUCUCAUCUCGCGAUGCCGCGUUUUCGGACAAAAAUAUUCACGUUUCAUUCUUGAGAACCGUACCGCCAUAUUAUCACCAAGCAGAUGUGUGGCUAGAAAUGCUAAGUCACUUCGGUUAUACUAAGGUUAUCAUAAUUCAUAGCUCGGAUACGGACGGCAGGGCCAUUUUGGGUCGUUUCCAAACCACAUCACAAACAAAUUAUGACGACAUAGAUGUGCGAGCUACAGUAGAAAAUAUCAUUGAAUUCGAACCUAAACUUGAAAGUUUUACUGAAAAUCUCAUGGAUAUGAAAACUGCUCAAUCGAGAGUAUAUCUGGUUUAUGCUAAUACCGAAGACUCAUACGUAAUUUUCCGUGAUGCGGCUUUAAAUAAUAUGACCGAAACUGGACAUAUUUGGAUUGUAACGGAACAAGCGCUACAGGCUAAUAAUACACCAAUAGGCGUGUUGGGCUUAAAGUUAAAUUAUGCAAACAGUGAGAAUGAGCAUAUCCGGGACGCUAUUUACGUACUUGCUUCGGCUAUUAAAGAAAUGAUGACUUUUAAUGAAACCAUAACUGAGGCACCGAAAGAUUGCGAUGAUACUGGAUCAAUUUGGGAGUCUGGAAAGAAAAUGUUUAAUUAUCUCAAAACUCGUAACAUCCGCGGUGCUACUGGUCAGGUGGCCUUCGACAAUAACGGUGAUCGAAUGUAUGCAGAAUAUGACGUCAUCAACGUGCAAUCUUCAUCCCAAUACACAAAAGUUGGUAGUUUCUUCUAUGAUGCCGAGAAAGGUCGAAUGAAACUAAAAAUUAAUGAUACUGCACUCAUAUGGCCAGGAAACACUGAAAAAAAACCUGAAGGAAUAAUGAUUCCAACACACCUCAAAGUUUUGACUAUUGAGGAAAAACCAUUCGUAUAUGUCCGGGAACUUAUGGAUGAUGAAAUUGACUGCGAUGACGACGAGAUAGUAUGUCCCCAUUUCAACUCGACUGAUGGAUCAGAGAAGGACUUUUGUUGCAAAGGAUACUGCAUAGAUUUAUUGAAAGCGCUAGCACAAAGAAUCAAUUUUACCUUCAACCUUGCGUUAUCGCCAGAUGGUCAAUUCGGGCAUUACCAAUUGAAAAACCUUACCACAGGAAUUGGAACAGGAGUCAAGAAGGAAUGGAAUGGCCUGAUUGGGGAAUUGGUUUCAGAAAGAGCCGAUCUUAUAAUGGCUCCGUUAACUAUAAAUCCCGAGCGUGCCGAAUUUAUAGAAUUUUCAAAACCAUUCAAGUAUCAAGGCAUCACUAUAUUGGAGAAAAAACCGUCAAGAUCAAGUACUUUGGUAUCUUUCUUGCAACCAUUUAGCAAUACACUUUGGAUUUUAGUGAUGGUAUCUGUACAUGUUGUCGCGUUAGUACUCUAUCUGCUAGAUAGAUUUUCGCCAUUUGGCAGGUUUAAAUUGACUACAAAUGAUGGAACUGAAGAAGAUGCUUUGAAUUUAAGCUCUGCUAUAUGGUUUGCUUGGGGAGUUCUUCUGAAUAGCGGCAUAGGAGAAGGAACUCCAAGGUCAUUUUCGGCUAGGGUUCUAGGCAUGGUCUGGGCUGGUUUCGCAAUGAUCAUCGUAGCUUCGUAUACCGCUAAUUUGGCCGCAUUUUUAGUGUUAGAAAGGCCAAAAACGAAGCUCUCUGGUAUAAACGACGCUCGAUUGCGUAACACGAUGGAGAAUUUGACUUGCGCAACUGUCAAAGGUUCGGCAGUAGACAUGUACUUCCGCAGGCAAGUUGAACUAUCGAACAUGUAUCGUACUAUGGAAGCUAACAAUUACGACACAGCAGAACGAGCUAUCCAGGAUGUAAAAGAUGGUAAAUUGAUGGCCUUUAUCUGGGAUUCUUCUCGUUUGGAAUAUGAAGCAGCAAAAGAUUGCGAACUUGUCACCGCAGGAGAAUUGUUCGGUAGAAGUGGUUAUGGAGUUGGCCUUCAAAAAGGUUCCCCAUGGACAGACGCCGUCACACUGGCAAUAUUGGAUUUCCACGAGAGUGGCUUCAUGGAAUCUCUAGACAAGGAAUGGAUUUUUCAUGGAAGCAUUCAACAGUGUGAACAAUUUGAGAAAACACCUAACACUUUAGGCUUAAAAAAUAUGGCAGGAGUGUUUAUACUUGUUGGAGUUGGAAUAAUUGGUGGCGUGGGGUUGAUCAUAAUAGAGGUUAUUUACAAAAAACAUCAAAUAAAAAAACAAAAGAAAAUGGAUAUUGCCAGAAACGCAGCUGAUAAAUGGAGAGGAACCAUAGAGAAACGCAAAACUCUUCGAGCAUCUUUGGCUAUGCAAAGGCAAUACAAUAUCGGCCUCAAUACUGUAUCGAAAUCAAUCAGCCAAGCCGUAGAUAAGAAUCGAUAUCCUAAGCUAAGUCCUUUACCACGGACUCCGGAACGAGCAUGGCCAGGAGAUCAUGAAAUUACACGAAAUCGGAGAAACAAUGAUCAAGUUUACAAACCACCACCAAGAUAUAUGCCUACCUAUGCUACAGAUGUGUCGCAUCUGGUGGUUUAAUUGUUUUAAAUAAAUACAAGAGCAUUAUUACACACAAUUGAAGAAUACGAUAAAAUGUGCGUGUCAGCCAAAUUAUUCUCCAUAUGUCCAAAUAAAGUUAAAGUACGAAGCUAUUGUCAAAGGAUGUAUGCGUAUAUGUUAUUCGUUAUUCAGAAGUUAAAAAUGCCUAUAAAAAUAAAAAUAUAUCCAAAUGUCUUUAUACUUCAA